UUGCUAUGUCUGAUAGCGUAUGCUGUCGCAAAGGACGAGUCAUUGGGCACGGACACCAGCGCCACUGAUCCUAAAGAGAAGAACUACCGGAAAUACAUCGGCGAGAUGGAUUACCGGCUACCAUUCAAAACGCGUGUCAGUGAAGCAUUCGUAGUUGGACAGACAAUUCAUGCGGUCGGAACUUUAAGUGACAAGCCGACAAGAGUGGACUUCAACUUCCACAAAGGUGCCGCAAAAGAUGCCGAUCUCCCAUUGCACUUUUCGAUUCGAUUUGACGAAGGAAUCUUCUCCGGAAAAUUUGUCUACAACACAUUCAAAGACGGUAACUGGUCUGAAAACGAGCAGCGUAUUUCAAAUCCUUUCAAAGCUGGACAAGAAUUCGAUCUACGAGUUCGGAUUUUGGAAAACAAAUUCCAAGUAUUCGCCAACCGCGUUGAAGUCGGUACAUUCGAGCAGCGUAUGCCCCUUGAUGGAAUUGACCACGUCUCAAUUCGAGGCGAUCUGGUAAAACUUCGUCUGUUCCACUAUGGUGGCCGAAUCUUCCCCAACCCCUACAUGGCGGUUGCAGAAUUGAAACCCGGAAAGCGUCUUGACAUCUCUGCCCUCCCUACAGGAAAGCGGGUCAACAUCAACCUCUACCGCGAAAACAAGGAAUUCGCCCUGCAGGUGUCAAUCCGUUUCAACGAAGGAGCCAUCGUUCGUAAUGCAAUGAACAACAAUGUGUGGGGCAAAGAGGAGCGAGAUGGCAACAUGCCAAUCAGCAAAGGAGAAGUUUUCGACAUCACCAUCAUCAACGAGGAAUUCUCAUUCCAAAUCUUCUUCAAUGGCAAACGAUUUGCCACAUUCUCACAUCGCGGAUCACCUAACGACAUCAAGACACUCGAAAUUGACGGAGAUGUUGAGGUCCACACCGUCACUAUCAACGAUGCACCAGGAGUGUGA